GCAGGGACCUGCAUGCUGUACAGCACUCCUGCGCUCUUAUUGGCUGGGAUGGUAUAAUUCCAGUCGGUAUAAUUACAGACCGAUGGAAUAUCUACACCGGUGCAAGCCUCAGCCCUUCAGAUCUUCCCUCGGCCCUCGGGCUGCGAGUGCCUGGCUCUCGGCGGGAAUAAAGCAGAAGCAACAACAUCCCCAAAUCCGCUUAGUUCUUGUCAGUCAAAUUGCCUGGAUCAACUGGAGACGAGCCUCGGAACUUGAAGUUGGCGAUGGCUGCCCCGAGCAAUAAAAUGUGGCCAAGGAAAAACGCUACCAAGACUGGCCAUGAGGACGUCAUGGUACCAGUGGAGAAGGAGGAUCUAACCCUGGACCCAGACACGGCCCAUCCCGAGCUGGAGAUCUCAGCGGACGGGAAGGAGGUGAAAUGCGGGAGUUGCAAGAAGAACGUCAGCUGCAGCCCCAGGCAAUUCGACACGGCCAACUGCGUGGUGGCCCGGCAGAGCUUCAGCUCCGGGCGGCACUACUGGGAGGUGUUCGUGGGCCAGAAGCCGCGCUGGAACCUGGGCGUCGUCUCGGAGCGAGCGGAGAGACAGGGCAGAUUGAUCCAGAAGACCUCAGGGUCUGGUGAGGUCUGUGCCGAGGGCUACUGGCUGAUCGGCUACGACAAGGAGAAGCCCAGGAAGCCAUACUGGGCGUUUCAUACCAACCAGAUGCCCUUUGAGUGUAGCCCCCACCCUGAGACCAUCGGGGUCUAUCUCGAUUACACGGCCGGGGAAGUGACCUUCUACAACCCCGAGGACCCCGAUAAUUUGAUCCCCCUGUACUCCUUCUACAACGCUGCUUUCAAGAACGCCCCCGUCAAAGCUGCCUUCGAGGAUGCCCCCAUCUACCCCUUCUUCGACCCCUGCUGGCAUGACAAUGGGGUCAAUGCCCAGCCCCUUAAAAUCCUGUGAGUGGCUGAUUUACUAGUGGGGGUGGGGACCAAAGCCACCCCAGCCUUGGGGCUACCAGCAUAUACCGCGGGCUAGCUAGCUUCACGGCACUGUUCUGAGAGCCACACUAACCUCACCCAGUGACCAGGCAAAGCCGGCACGGUUAGCUGAGACAGGCCGGGGGGGUUGGGAAGGGGCAGUGAAAAAGCAGCGAGCUAAGACCAUGAGAUACUCACUCGCUGCGGUAUAUUCACCCUCCUUCCCAGAGCUAUUGGAGGGGGUUUCCCUUCAGCAACACCCCACCCCCUGCCAAGGCCUUUCCUCCAAUGCGUUUGUUGUGAAUAGGGUAAAAAAUGUUUCUUACUAUCACAGUAUCUAGGUUACCCCUUCCAGAGCCAGAGAAGGACCCCAGGAGUCUUGGCUCCCAGCCCCUCACCCCUGCUCUAACCACUAGAUCCCACUCCCCUCCAGCAUUGGGGAGAGAACCCAGGAGUGGAUCCAGAUUGCACCUGGUGUCGUCAUUCUCACCUGACCAAAGUGCCCCUAAAGCGCCAUCCAGAGCAUAAAUGAAGGGACAAGCUCGUGGGGAGGGGUGAAUUCUGCUCUCAGACAGGCCGAUAUAUGUCAGGAGUUACCCUAUCAGGGACCUCAGGGCUGAUUCUGCUCAGUGCAAAUGAGGAGUAACUGUUGGACUCCCUACAAUGUAAAGCCAGGGUAAAAGCGAGGACAGUGAGAUUCGGUUUUGACACUGGAUUUGAUUUACACUGAUCCAGAAUGCACUGGCUGCCCUAUCCCUUUCUACCACUGUCUGCAAUCUGCUGUUGCCUCUCGCUGCUCCAGCCCAGGGCUUGUGCUUCUCUGAGGAUUUUAUUUUACUUUGCUCAAUAAAGAAAAAUAUUUGCCGUCA